GAUAGAGCUUCUGAAUUAGCAUGUCUGAGGCCAUCAAAGAAUUGUUACAAUUCCUUCAAAUAGGUGCUAGAUUGGAUUUAAAGGCCAUAGCAGUUGAACAUGUGUUGGGAUUAACUGGCUCGGCAGAUGGCGUUGCAGCACUGACAGACACUCAUCAACUUCUAGUUUCAUUGAUCAGCUUGAUGGGUGACAACAGUGUGCCCAUAUCAAAAGACGCGAGUUUGUGUUUGGUAAACAUAUCGGCAAACGAGAAAGGGGCAGCUGCUCUUCUGAAUUUGGACAUGAAGCAAGACUGUCCGCCUUUGCAGAAAAGUCCAGAAAAUAUCGUAAAAGAGACGCUUCGGUACAUUUUCGAUCCGCAAAGUUACAUAGCUGAUCAUUGUUGCAUGAUUCUGUCGAAUAUGAGUAGACCAUCUCACUUGAUAGAGAAGGUGGUUGACGUGAUAGAAGAAAGUGAAAGGACUUUCGACGAAAUCAUUAACAUAUUCACCAAGAACCAAUACAACAAAAACGGAUCGAAGUUGCAUUAUCUAGGCCCGGUCCUCUCCAAUCUCUCGCAAAGCCACAGAGCCAGAAAGUACAUCCUCGACAAGAAUAAAUGCGUUAUACAAAGACUUUUACCGUUCACGGUAUACAAGGACUCGCUGGUGAGACGCGGGGGCGUUGUAGGCACCAUAAAAAAUUGUUGUUUCGAUGAAGACUUCCACGAAUGGCUUCUAGGCGAAGAUGUUGACAUUUUGCCGCGACUGCUUCUGCCGUUGGCAGGAAACGAGGAGUUUGACGAGGAGGACAACGACAAGUUGCCGCUGGAGUUGCAGUACUUGCCCGAGGAUAAAGUUCGCGAGGAAGAUCCUGAUAUAAGAUGCAUUUUGUUGGAGGCCAUCACUCAACUUGUUGCCAAGAAGCCAAAUCGAGAAUUCAUCAGAGACAAAAAUACUUACAUCAUUCUUAGGGAAUUACAUAAAUGGGAGAAAGAUAAAAAAGCACUGGCUGCUUGCGAGAACUUGGUUGACAUAUUGAUAAGGACGGAAGAUGAAAUUGAUGCAGAGAAUCUGAAAAAUUUAGAAAUACCGUUGGACAUGCAAAAUAAUUUCAAAAAAAUGGACGAAGAGAUGUUAAAAGACAGUUAAUGUAAAUAUUAUGAAUGUAAAUAGUAAGUUUUUC